UUGAGUUUAUAGUUGUCCAGUGUACAGUGAGCAGUCAACUGAAGUAGUUGCAAUGACAGCAUUUGCCCUGCGGUUUCUCGUAUUGAGCUCAUCUUUCUGGUUUCUUGUGCUGAGGGCCCAGCAGCCAUAUCUUCAGGAACGACCGGACUUUAUCAAGCCAUGUUCUCUAAAGGAUUCAGAGAAUAACGCCUGCUUAAGUGAAUUAAUUGAGAAUAUGUUCCAACACUGGCAGAAUGGUGUGCCUGGUCUGCGCGGCGUGGGCGCCUUGGAUCCUUUUCGGGUGGGCAAGCUGCGGAUUGCCCAACGUGUGCCUCCUAAUCUGGACGUUCAAGUGGCACUGCGCAACCUGACAACAUAUGGUCUUAGCCAAGCUAAGAUACUCAACAGCACCUCUAUCUUCAAGUCUGGCCACUAUGCGACUGGCUUCCAUGUGCAGCUUUCAAAAAUCACUCUCAAGUGCAACUACAAGCUAAGGGGCCACGUGCUGGUUCUCAAUUUAAAUAGUGCUGGCGUUUUGAAUUCUGAAAUUGAUAAUUUGGAGUUUUACUUGGGAAUGAAGAUGAAACCAAUACAGUCGCAGGAUUUAACUUUUAUGAAUGUUACUGCCAUUAAAACAGAUGUUAAGCGUGUCGAUAAGGUUCGCAUAAAUCUAACAAAUCUCUUUGGUGGCAAUCGGGAACUCGAAGACAGUGCCAAUCAGCUUUUCAAUGAGAAUUGGCGUGUUCUCUACGAUGUGUUGCGUCCGGUGCUGACUCAGACCUUUGACACGGUGCUGCUAGAUCGAUUUAGCAAGAUAUUCCAGUAUGUGCCAGCCAAGUAUUUAUAUCAGGGAUUUGAUUAACAAUUUGUCUUUCAAAACCUGUCCCAUAUGUGCUUAUAAUGUGUAGACGUAUUAAGUAUACGCUAAUUAAAUGAGCUUUUUCUAAGUAUAUCAAUUUCCCAGAGAAAAGGUAAAAAAAAACCUUUUGCUGGCUAAGACGAUACUCUGAAUGAUGAUGAAAAUAAUGUAUAUAUUAUAUUAUUUGU